AUGGCACAGGGUUACCUUAAAUGUUCAACCGCAAAGCAACAGAUGGAGGAAGUCGGUAAUCAAUUUGUAAAGAUGUUUUUUAUGAACUCAUUCUUUCAAGAUGCGUUUAGUGAAUACGAUGAGAUCAUUAGCUUCAAAAUGCACGAUUUAAUGCAUGAUCUGGCAAUGCUAGUAGCCGGCGGUGAUUAUUGUUGCUUGGAUAGUGAGGCAGAAAAAGUUGAAGGUAGACCCAUGCACGUGUCAUUGGAAUCUUGUGAGGCCAUUCAUUUGUUGAAAUCAUUAGAUCCGAGCAGACUGCGAACUUUGAUUUUGCCGGAUGACUUGGAAGAGGAGGAAGAUUUGUCGGUUAUUACAGAGUUCAAAUACUUACGUGUCUUGAGAAUGCAUCAUCUCUCUGAUUCCACUGAACAUUUGAAGCAUUUAAGAUACCUUGUUUUAACACAACAAAAAAGUCUUCCCAAAUCUAUAAGCAAUCUUGUUUGCUUACAAACAUUAAAACUCAAAGGUUGCGAUAAAGAAUCAUUUUCAGAAGUAGUCACAAAGUUAGUCAAUUUGAGGUGCCUUGAUGUUGCUGAUUAUGACUCCGUGAGUGGGAUGGCAGGGUUGGGAAAAUUAUGCUCUCUGCAAUUAUUAUCGACCUUUGUUGUGAGGGACAGCCAAGAAAUAAAAUAUGGCACCCUAAAUGAACUGAAGGACUUAAACCUCAGAGGCGAAUUAAGAAUUGAGCAUCUGAAUCGUGUGAGAGACGUGGCUCUGGAAUCACAGUAUGUAAAUUUAAGAGAAAAAAAAUUCCUUCGUUCCUUGACUCUAGAUUGGUCGUAUGGAGACAUCAUCCGUAACAGUGACAGUCUACAAUUGUUAGAAAACCUUCAGCCCCACCGCAAUCUCAAGCAUUUGGAGGUGAAUCAUUAUCCAGGCGUGCUUUUCCCAAAUUGGCUUUCUCUCCUCACAAAUGUUGUUUACAUCUCUCUCUCUGCUUGUUAUAAUUGUCGCUGUCUCCCUCCGUUGGAACGUCUCCCUUACCUCGAGUCACUUAACAUACAGUUUCUUUAUGAAUUGGAAUCCAUAUAUCUCUGCGAAGAUGGUUUUGCAGUAAACUUCUUCCCCUCUUUGAAGAGCCUCAAAUUAGGUCAUUGUCCCAGGCUCAGGGGAUGGCGGAGGCGGGGAGAUGACAUCAAAGAUUCACAUAAUCUCUCCUUACCACUUUCAUUUCCUCAUCUUUCUCAUCUAGAUGUCUUUCGGUGUCCAAAGUUGACUUUUCCAAACGUUGAGAAUUUAAAAAAAUUGAAGAUUUCUGAUCCUAUGAAUUUACCAAAGGGUUGGAUGCAAAAUCUGACUUCUCUCGAGUCUCUUCAUAUUGGAUGGUGUAAAAGUGAAACACUGGAGGAAUUUGAAACUUGGUUUAAGGACGACACCGACUGCCUUCCUUCUCUGGGAAAAAUCGUCUUAUAUAUGUGUGAAAGGCUAAAGGCUUUGCCAGAUUGGAUUUGCAACCUCUCAGCGAUUCAGCACGUCAUGAUCUCCGGUUGCCGAAAAUUGGCAUUGCUGCCCGAAGGAAUGAGUGGUCUUAUCAACUUAAAGAUCUUUGAGGUCAGCAGAUGUUCCCUCUUACUUAAAGAAUGCCGAACAGAGACAAGUGUUGUUAGUCGCCAAAUCGCACACAUCCCACAAAUAAUCCUUCAUGAUUACUGA